AUGGCAGAAGAAAAAUUAAUAGAGGCAGUGAGGGAACACAGAGAGUUGUAUGACACAAAACACGCAGACUACAUGAAGGUCAAACUCAAGAACCGGAUUUGGAGUGAUAUAGCAAAGGAUCUGAAUUUGAAAGACGGGGAAGAGACAAAAAAUUCGUGGCUGAAGCUGAGAGGCAGCUAUCGAGAUGCACGACGACGACAGGUGAAAUAUAUGAAAAGCGGAGCUGCUGCUGAGAAUAUCAAGCCGUGGAGAUAUCAAAACCAGAUGUCAUUUCUUGAACCAUUUAUGACAGCUGGUCCACGUGAUAGUAAUCUAGGUGAUGACAGUGAUCACAGCUCACAAGCUACAACUAAAACAUCAGCAAGAAGUGAUACACUGGAAACCGAGGAAUUAGAAGAUAACAACUCACUCGACAAUGAGGCGAAUGAGCAAAGUCAAGAUAUUAACAACUACGACAGCAACGAAGCCACGCAAAAGCUGACCGACAACGAGGAGCCUGCGUGGCCACUCAGCGAGGAUCCAGGGUUCGACACCGAACCAGGCAACGGAAACGGUGACGACACUGAGGAUGAAGAGGAAGAACUUAUCGCACGAAGUGACCGAGGUUCGGAUUCUGAACAAGAACACAAUUCAGACGGUGACCGCGAAUAG